AUCACCUCAUAACAAUACCAUGCCCGGUCAAUGCCACUACCACUACCACCACCACCACCAUCACCCAUCCAACACCAACACAGCACAUAAUAUUCUCCAACGCUCAACGACAACACAUACACAACUGGUCUUCUCCAUACAUAACGAGGGCCAUUCCCUCGAUCUUCAACCUCUCCGCCCGAGUCCCCCCUAUCGGUCCAGAAGUACCGCGACCAAGGGCGCAAUUGCUUUUACUCCCUAGUCCCUAGUCCGUCACCAUGAGUUUCUUCACCAACCCAACCUCAUAUCGGCUCAACGCCAUUGUUGCUGGCAACGACAUCCCCUCGGUAGCAUCUGGUGGUUUUGCAAAUUUCGCAUUCCUCGCCCCGCGUGUAAACGAUCAUGACUCCCAUCCGCCACUGGCCCAUCUCAUUCUCCUGGUCUUUGAAGCGGUAAUGGAGGUUGUGUGCGUCAGCUUGCCCGGAUAUAUUGUCGCAAGGAAUGGAAUGUUUGAUGCCGAGAACCAGAAGUUUGUCGCCAACUUGAACGUAACACUAUUUACACCUUGUCUGAGUACGUGGAUGGCGCUGCGGAGGGAAGUAGAAUCGGGCUAACAAUGACGCAGUUUUCACGAAGUUGGCUUCCCAAUUGACGGCAGACACGCUGGUGGACUUGGCUGUCAUUCCCGUUAUCUUUGCGGUGCAGACAAUGGUCUCAUACUUGGUAUCAGUGGGAGUGGGUAAAGCUUUCGGCUUCAAGAAGAGGGCUGCCAAUUUUGUGACGGCCAUGGGAGUAGGUUGCAAACAUUUAUGCGUUCCCGAGCGGCACUGACAAAACUAGGUUUUCGGAAACUCGAAUUCCCUUCCAAUUUCUCUAGUCAUAUCUCUCUCGCAAACAUUGAAAGGAUUGCACUGGGACAGACUGCCGGGGGACAACGAUAAUGAGGUGGCUGCCAGAGGCAUUCUUUAUCUGUUGAUCUUUCAGCAGCUCGGUCAACUUGUGAGAUGGAGUUGGGGAUACCACGUUCUUUUGGCGCCUGCCGAAAAGUACGAGGAAGCAAGCGAUGUAUCGGAUCUAGAAGGUGGAUAUAGAGAUGAUCCUCCUGAAGAUUUGAUCCCUGGUCUGGAUGGUCCCCACGAUGACCACGAUGACGGACUUUUACACCCUUCAAGUUCGUCGGUCUCCUUUGAAUCAGGUGGAAGGACACCCAUUUACAAUGCUCAAUACGCCGGCUCUGUCGACGGGGACGACGGGGAUCAAACGCGGAAACAUCAAGUCCUUCUCGCGACGCCAACUAAUGGCAAUCAUUUCCCUGGCAUAACCAAUGGCAACAUGACCUCUUUUCCAGCCAUUCGCACGCCUACUCCAGAAGAAAAUAACAUCCCAAGCGGAAUCCGAGGAAUUAUUCCAACAAUCCGUCUUCGUACCAAACAAACAAUAUCCUGGAUAUCCGCAAUUCUAUCAUGGCCUUUCAGAAAGCUCUUUGGAUCCCUACCAAACUCCGUCCAAACUCGUUUAACAAAAAUCUACUUUGGACUCUGGGACUUCAUGAACCCACCUCUAUGGGCCAUGCUCGCAGCAAUUAUCGUAGCAUCAAUACCCAAACUCCAGAGACUUUUCUUUCAAGAAGGGACAUUUGUCGCAAACUCCGUCACUAGAGCCAUUGCGCAAUCUGGUGGUGUAGCCGUGCCACUCAUCCUCGUAGUCUUAGGCGCAAAUCUCGCACGCAAUACUCUCCCUCAAUCAGCAAUCGAUGAGGACUGUGAAGAAAAUCAAAUCGGGACAAAGCUUCUUAUCGCAUCACUCAUUUCUCGUAUGUUCCUACCAACACUCAUCAUGGCGCCGCUCCUCGCUCUAUUUGCGAAAUACGUCAAUAUCAGUAUUCUUGAUGAUCCCAUCUUUAUCAUCGUUUGCUUCUUGUUGACGGGUGCACCGAGUGCGUUGCAGCUGGCGCAGAUUUGCCAGAUCAAUGGGGUUUAUGAGGGGGUAAUGAGUAAACUUCUUUUCCAGAGCUAUGUGAUUUGGUAUGUUUUCUAUCUCCUUGCUUCCUUCUAUAUCCAUGUCACUUUCGAAUGUAAGCUAACUUUCUGAAGGAUCCUCCCAUCGACGCUCAUCCUCGUAAUGUGCGCUUUGGAAGUCGUCGAGUGGGUUACGUAACCAGUAAUAAACUAAAUAAUCGUUUUUCCCAAACCCCGUCUCAUUUUCUUUUCCUCUUUUUUGUGUUUUGUGCUUCGUGCUUUCGUUGGGGGAGGUGGGGCAUACAAUACCACCUUUACCUUUGGAGGACCCAAAUAUGGGGGUUGUAGCGUGGGAAAUUGAUUGCAUAUGUAUAAAUAUAUCUUCUUUUUUUUACUCUUUCGCUUGUGAGUAAGGAAUGAAGGAGAGAAGGAAGAAGAAAACAUGGGUUUGGGGGGUUUUUAGCAUGGUUAUGGCGUUUUUUUCUCUUCUCUUUUUUUUCCUUUUCUUUUUCUUUAAAUGUGUUUUAGGGGGAAUGAGGGAGAGGAGGGGAGUGGGUACAUGUGUGAAUGUUUAUUUGGUGAUGUGAUGAGAGG